GAUGUGUACCGUGAGUGUAAUUUGAAUUCCAAGGAUUUCUUGUUGUAUUCUGCUUUUACUAAUUGGGACAUAUAUAGGUACUAUUGAAGUGGCGCCUGUACCUUAGUCCAGCAUUAUUCGCAUCGCAUCACUCCCUCCACAUCAGCCGGCAAUCCUGCUCACCUCACAGCCAAUCAAAUCGCACCAGCUUCGGGUAAAAACCGGAGAAAUGAUUGCUAAGGCUCAGUGCUACACUACAGUGAUCACUGAACACAGCUUGCUGCAGUGACUAGAUACAAUAUACAAGAUGGCAGUGAAGUUGGUGCUUUUGGGAAGUGUAGUCUGCCUGUGCUUAGUGCAGAGGGUGAGCUCGUUCGCGACGGGCGCCCCUUCGGGUGCGUGCGAGGACCUCGUGCCACAACACGGCGUUGACGGCCAGAAGAGUGCGUCGCCCUACGUCAUCCAGCCGUCGCUCACAAAGGUGAAGCCGGGCGGCAAGACCGAAAUCGUCAUCUUCAGCCCCAAGAAGCAGUCGUUCAAGGGAUUCAUCCUGCAAGCCAGAGUCGGCGACAUUCCUUACGGCACUUUCGAGCCAUCCAACCAGUACUCGCUCUUGGACUGUACUCACGGAAAGAGGAACACCGCAACUCAUAAGAAUGCCGAUGAGAAAUACAAUGUAACACUGAUAUGGAAUGCGCCAGCCAAACUGAGGGAAAGUGUCAAAUUUACUGGAACAAUCGCUAAGAACGGUGGUGAGUUCUGGAUCGCACAGCAGUCAGUUCCAGUGCUAGUACAAUGAUGAGUUGACGUGCAAAUCGACGUUGAGGGAUGAGUCAGAUGACAUCAAAACAAACUUGAACCGGAGAGCUGGAGAAAUAAGGAAUCAUUCCGGAUUCAAAAUUCCAGAACAGAGUUCUGUGAGCAUACCACUUUCCAUUAAUUUGAAAAGGAUUCAGUUCUUCGUGAACUGAAAUAAAAAUAACUGUUCGACAACAGUUAAAAAUAUCUUUAAAACUAGCGAAGACGUAACUGAUUGAAGAUGAAACAUACUAUUCCAAUAAAGUUAUACUAUAGCACUUUUUUAAUGCAAUAAACGAACUUCCAACUUUAUUGAGUUAGGUUCCUCUUGUACAAAGCGUAUCUGUUAAUUUUACAUUUUUAUUAAGUCAGUAUUUCUGCUAACUCAGUAUUUUGUGACAAAUAAAAUAAUAGAUUUUAUUAACCACCAAA